AUGGUAGUGCUUUCCUUCCAGUGGUUUGCACCAUCGAAACUGGUGGUGACGUUCGAAAGGGAGGGACCGGGUGCAUUCACGGAUGACGAGGUCGAAGGCUUAGUUGUGAAGAAUACGAAGGGAAGGGUGGUCAAGUUAAACCUGCCACAUAAAUCGGUCUUGAUUGCGAACCAUCAGGUCUACGCUGAUUGGAUGUACGCCUGGUGUCUGACUUAUUUCGCCGGUACGCAUAGAGAUGUGUACAUAGUACUGAAGAAGAGUCUUAAAUGGGUACCCAUUCUUGGCUGGGGCAUGCAGUUCUUCAACUUCAUCUUCCUGGCCCGCUCAUGGGCGUCUGACCGGCACUAUCUCGUGAAAGAGCUCGCUACGAUUGGUCGUCAAGCCGAACAGACCGAUAUUCCUCUUACUUUCAUAUUGUAUCCUGAAGGCACGCUGGUGAGCAAGGAUACGAGACCUAUCAGCAAAAAGUACGCCGACAAGAUUGGGAUCCCGGACAUGGUCCACACCCUCCUUCCGAGAUCGACUGGCCUACUUUACAGCCUCAGGGCAUUGUCACCACGGAUACCGAGUUUGCAGCUCAUAGAUAUCACUGUCGCAUACCCAGGCAUCCCGCCAAUGGGGUACGGGCAAGCAUACUACACGCUCCGUUCUAUCUUCUGGGAUCGCGUACCCCCUCCGGCCGUCCACAUGCAUAUCCGCCGCUUCGAUGUCGCGAGGGACGUGCCCAUUGGCGAUGUGUCAAAGACGAGUCCCACUAGCCUUCCCACUACUCCCAGCAACGGUUCGGCCAAAUCUACAGCACUUGAGGCUGACGUUCCCGAAGUCGAGAAGGACAAGUUUGAUCUCUGGUUAAGGGAGCUCUGGCUAGAGAAGGAUAAGGUCAUGAGUCGAUAUCUCGAGACGGGGUCCAUGUCGCCCUCCUUGGAGAAUGAGCCCGAGGUCGUGAUUCCCGUCAAGUUGAGGCAUAAUAGGGAAACUUUGGGAGCAUUCAUGUUCUUCGUGCCGGCGUUAGCGGGAUAUUUCGGGACGAAGCUCAAGAGUCUAAUCCCUUGA